UUUGUCCUUUGCUUUUUUCCAAAAACAAAAAGCACGGGCAUUUGCUUUUUUUCUUUCAAAGGGAUUAAAGUCGCCUUUUCUGGGAAGCGUACAGAGGUAACGAAACGCCAUCUUGAAGCGCUACACAGCGCAGUCUGAAUCAGGAAAACAUCCAGAAUAUGACCAGAUAUACAUUUUCAGUCACUUUUCGAAGCUUUUUAAGCGAUCGAAGACCAAGGGCCACCACUACGCCCAAACGUUGCUCCAGUAACUCAAUGUUUUCAUCACAGAUAGAGAACAAACGGACAAAUGAAAAACACGGUCUUUGGUUAAUAACGUGAACCUAAAAUGCGACUUGAUUACAAAAGCUAAAUGUAUGUAAUAUAGCGGGGACAUGGCAAAAUGCAUUCCUGCUAACGCAUUAAGGAUUUGUAUCUUUAACCAUCGCGAGGCCUGGACAAAGCUAAAGCUAGCACUGCUAACCCUUAAAUACAACAACACGGCUAACGGCAGCUAAUGGAUAGCGACGGGCUAGCGUGGUUUAUAACGUGUCCGCUUGAUUAAUCAUUCUUUUGUUUAAUUUAAUUAGUCAUCGAAUAUUGUACGAUUUAGUUUAUAUAGUUAUUUUACUAAGCGAUGUUCAUUUGUAACAGUUUAGCACUUAGCAUUCGCGCUAAAUGACACGAGCUACGCACUUAGAUCUAUUGAGAGACGUCACUUGAAUAAAUGUGUUUGAGUUUUGCGUUUAUAUAUCUAAGUUAAUAACGUUAACGUAAUCAUACCUCUAUAUUUUCGAUUAAUAAGUUAUUAGUUAAUUAUAUAUAUAUUAGUUAAUUAUAUAUAUAUCGUAAAGCUAUUUAGGGAAUAAAUCGCAUUUUAACGUCUCAUUAAUUUAACUUUAGACAUUUUAAUGAUACGAGCUAAUGAAAAUUAUUUGUUCCCCUAUUUUAAAGUUGUUUUGGCUGGUUCCUUAAGUUCUCCACGUCAAUUCAUUUGUUUACAGUAGAAAGUAAUGUAAUAACGUAUGUUAAUAAUUUGAUGCAUAUUCCAUAGUAGGUUUCCCUCUUUUUACAUGUUCUAGUUUUGUUGUGAUCUAGUUAGCCUUAUGUGCACAUCCAUCCCUCAUGAACCAGUGCUUUCUCCAGUGUCUCAAAAGCACUCAAGUUCUUACCAAAACAUGAAGCAAAACACAAAGGUGCUCAACCACACCACCAAUGUCUGCAAGUGUCUAAAAUGCAACAUCUCACCUCCCUUGAAAGUAAUUUAUGCAUAAAUUAGUAUGUCACGGCAAGAAGAAGGUGAACUGGAAGAAGGCGAGUUGGAGGAUGAUGGCGGAGAGGCACAGGUCCCCAGCGGUGAGGGAGCUGAACCCCAGGAUAAACCUCGCCGAAGCAAGGAGCACCAUGCCAGUGAAUCAGAUGAAGAAAAGUCACAUCGGCGGAGGAGAAAGAGAAAAAGGGAGAGAGAGCGUGAAAAAGAAAAAAGGAGGGCCAAGAAAAAGCGUAAAUCAAAGCACAAGCGUCACGAAUCCUCCAGCGAUGAGCACUCGGACUACAGUGACGAAUCAGAUUAUAGUCCAAGUGAAAAGAGGAAGUACAGGGAAUAUAACCCUCAGUAUCCUCCCACUUCUCAAGGAGGUUACCCUCCUGCUCCCACUGGUCAUGGAGGUCCCAUGCCAAAGAAAGGUGGCUUCAUGAAGAUGGACAAGCAGGGUUAUGGUGGCUAUGAUGACUACGAGGAGGAAACAUAUGAAGGUGAAGAGGAUGAGGAUAUGGGUGAUGAUGAUUAUGAUGAUUUCACAAAGGAACUGAACCAAUACCGCAAGGCCAAAGAGGUGGGAGGUGGUCCACGUGGCAGAGGUGGCAAAAACCGCAUGAAGAACCUGAGAGGUCGAGGCAGAGGAAUGAGGGGACGUGGUGGGAGAGGAGGAGGCAGAGGGAGAGGACGGGGCAAAAUGGGAGGAGAAAAUGAUGAUGGUGAUGGCAUGUACGGAGAUGAGAUGGAGUAUGGAGAUGAUGAUUAUGAAAACAUGGGUGACGAUGACUAUGAUGACUACUCAAAAGAACUAAACCAGUACAGGAAAUCAAAGGACAGAGGGCGGGGUGGAAAAGGUGGGCGAGGUCGCGGGAGAGGCAGAGGAGGUCGAGGAAUGAACCGGGGCAGAGGGAGAAAUCGAGGGAGGGGCCGUGGAGGAGACCAUGGUCCUGAUGAAGAUAACAGCGGAGAAAUGGACAUGGGGGACGGAUCUGGAGGCCCGAGGAGGAAUGAUCAGGAGAAACAUGGGCCUGAAAAGAAGGGGAAAGCCAUCUGUAAAUACUAUAUUGAGGGCCGCUGUACAUGGGGUGACCACUGUAACUUCAGUCAUGACAUUGAGCUGCCUAAGAAGAAAGAACUUUGCAAGUUCUACAUCACUGGCUUCUGUGCGCGAGCAGAAAACUGUCCCUAUAUGCAUGGUGAUUUCCCUUGCAAGCUGUUCCAUACUACAGGGAACUGUGUGAAUGGUGAGGAGUGUAUGUUCUCCCAUGAGAACCUAACAGAAGAUACACAAGAGCUGCUUGAUAAGAUGCUGGCAGAGGAUGCAGAAGCUGGUGCAGAAGAUGAGAAAGAGGUUGAGGAACUUAAAAAGCAAGGCAUUAACCCUCUUCCAAAACCACCCCCUGGUGUUGGCCUUCUCCCAACUCCACCAAGACUUACCCCGGGGGACUCCUCUGCACCCAUGGACUUCGGAAUGCCUGGUGCCCCACAUGGUAAUAUCCCUCCAAGUGGUCCAACAGCUCCAGGCCCUGGUGCUGGGCCAGUUCCUGGUCCUGGAGUUGGACCAUGCCCAGGCCCCCCUCCUCCCUGCCCAGAUGGAGGCACCUUCCAAGGGCCACAAAACCCCAGUGGUGGUCCUCCGCCAUCUAUGGGUCCACCGCCUGCUUGUGGAGGAAAUGCUGGAAAGAAGAUUCCAUCCUUGUUUGAGAUUGUGGUCAAGCCCACAGGACAGCUUGCACAAAAACUGGGUGUCAGAGGACCAGGUCCUGGCAAUGCUGCUGCAGGACCUCAGGGACCUCCUGCAGGUCCCCCAGGUGUACCUCCACCUCGCUUUCCUGGCCCCCCACCACCAGGACACAUGGGACCAGGUGGUCCUCAUGAUAUGCCUCCGAUGGGCCCAUCUAACAUGAACCAAGGUCCUCCAUCAAUAGGCACAGGACCGCCAAUGAUGCAGAACUUUGGCCAGGGAGAUGGACCACCAAAUGGAGGCAUGAUGCCUCCAGGUGGUGGAACAUCUGGUAGCAACUUCUAUGAUAACUUCUACCAGCAGCAGCAAGCCAUAUCGAUAGAUGGAGGUGGAAGAGAUGGUGACAACUUUCAAGGUGUGGGUGGUGGAAACUUCAAUGAUCAGUCAUCUGGGAAACAGAAUUCUGGAAGCAUAGAGGGUGCAGCUAAUGUAGGCUCUUCUAAUCAGCCUGGGAUAGCAGUGCCAGAUUUCCUGCCCCCAGCGCAGCGUAUGCUGUUUAUGAGACUCCAGCAGAAACAACAGGAGGAUGAGGAGAGAGCCAGGAGGCUGGCUGAGGGAGGAGGAACUGAGAGGGAGAAUGAAGGAGAUUCAGCAAACUGGUAUUCCAGUGAAGAUGAGGACGGUGGUGGUAGUGUCACUUCCAUUCUCAAAACCUUGCGGCAACAAACCCAGACCCAAGGCCCUGCCAAGCCGGAUGGAGUUCCCAGUGACCCUCGUCUACUAAAGUCUCCACCUGCACAGGCACCCAGCCGACCAGCAGACCCCCGACUGGCACGAGACCCACGUCUAUCCCGCAACACAGACUCCUCUCAGGCACCUGAAGCCAGUGCUUCAUCCUCUCUAUCUCCUACCCCUUCAGACCCCCGUCUUGCCCGGCAUGCAGCCACCCAUACCCCUAAACCCGAGCCCCCAUUUGUGUACAAACCCCCGCCAUUAACCGCUCCAGCCAGUAAUGAGGAAGAGGAGGGUGAGAGAACGCUGAGGGACAAGCCCGUGCCCAUUCCCCUUGACCCUUUAAUGGGCAUGGCUUUGCGUGAUCCCCGCUCCCAACUACAGCAGUUCAGCCACAUAAAAAAGGAUGUAGUACUGAGCAAGCCUUCAUUUUCUAAGGCAGUGCUGUGGAGUCCUGAAGACCUCAUCCCUAUUCCCAUUCCUAAACAAGACUUGCUCCCAUUGCCCCCUGGCAUCCCACCAGUUACCGCCAUAGAUCCUCGUAUGUCCCGCACACAGCCCCAGCAGCACUCUGUUUCUCUCCCUCCUGCUGUUCCUUCUGCUGAGCAGUCGAAUCAAUCCUCCUCUUCCCUUCCAGACUUUGAGCUGCUCUCCCGCAUCCUCAAAACUGUCAACGCCACUUCAUCCAGCCCUUCUCAAGGUGCUUCUACAGGAAUCUCAUCUCCUCCAUCCGUCUCUGCCGAGAAGCCUGUUGACCCCCGCAUGGCACGAAAAGUCACUGCUGACCCCCGACUCCAGCCACAAAAAUCUGCUCUCAAGUCCACUUUGGAGGCAUCUGCUCCUCAAGGAUCUCCCCCAGCUGCCUCCUUAUCUCCACCUUCCUCCAGCCCCACCAUCGCACCUUACGACCCACGGCUGCUAUCAGCAGGAGGGUCAGUUCGAGGGGUGGGUGCUGGCGGUGUAGGUAGCAGCGGCAGCAGCAGCAGUAGUGUGCUGAGCGGCAUCAGUCUGUACGACCCUCGGACUCAGGGCUCAGACAAGGCAGAGGGUUCAGGGGCCCCUAGAAACACUAGUCCUCCCCCUGAGCCCAAGUCAAGUGAAAGUACAGCGACUACAUCUAAACCGAAAUCUAAAGAGCCCCUGUUUGUGCGCAAGUCUGCAUUGGACCAACCGGAACCAGAGAAGAGCUCGGCGGAGCAGACAACGGAUCGCUACAACAGCUACAACCGCCCCCGACCCAAACCUUCACCUUCGCCCAAUGCAGGGACUGCUGCAGGAGCCCCUGCUACAAGCAGUCCAUCUACAGCUGGUCAGGGCCCAGCUGGUUCUGCAGAGCAGCCCGCAGGAGUCCACAACCUUCCUGUUUCCUCAUUAUUCACCAUGGUAAAGCAGGUCAGCAAACCUAGCGGCACUGGCAGCCCGUUUGGUGGCAAUAGCCCCGUACAGCCUGAGGUGGCAGAACAGGACAAUGGCUCUCUAAAAGACGUUUUUAAAGGCUUUGACCCCACAGCGUCGCCGUUUUGCCAGUGAACUCUUCUGUGUCGUUGUGAGCCACUUAAGGACUUUUUAAGUGUGGCUUCACAGAUAUCCAAUAUAUAAAGAUAUUCACCCUUGCCAGGUGACACACCACAGUAUUCACAUAUAGAUUUCUAUUGGACGGUUGGGAUUGGGAGGGAUUGUAUCUGUACUAGUAGGAGAAAGAUAAAAAGUAAAUGUCUAUUUUAAAACCAAAUGAGAAACGUUUAAAUAAAAUGUUAAUUUUAAGGACCUCUAUGGGAGUGUACAUCUAGAAACACUGAAUUACAUUAAUUUCGGCAUUACGAAAGGCCAACAUUUUCAUCAGCCUAUACCAGACCGGUUCAUUGGAUUAUGACCCAUUACCCCAACCAUAUCAUCCUGCUUGAGUCUGCCGGCUGACUUUUUCAUUCCACUUGGCUUUAGGGCGACUUCAUUUACUGCCACUCCUUUUGCCUCCGGCAGUGGAGCUGAACUAGUUCAUGUUGUUCUCCGGCAAAUUUCAUUUGCUUCCCACCAGUGAUUUAGAUUCUUUUAAGAAGUUUUUACUCCGUUUCUUCUCUGCUUAGACUAGUAAGCUCAUUUUUCAUGUCUGUAUGGAUGCCCCUUAUAUUCCUAUUGCUUCAAAUUCGUGCUAAGUCUGUUGAUGCCACUCCAGAGAUGAGACCUACAGUUGUAUGUGUUUGUGUCACAUGUGAGAUCAUUUUAAUUUAUUUUUUAUACCUAAACAGUCUGUUCUUUUUUUUCUUUUUACUUUUUUGUAACGUGGCUGUCAGAUUGAACAAUUUUAUGAAUGUUUAUAUAUAUAUAAAUAUAUAUACCUAUACAAGUGUAUAGUACAUAUGAUUGCAUCUGGUUUGUAAAUUAAUUUGAAUUGUGCAACAGCUAAUGUUGAUGGAAAAUAUAUCAUGUCAGUCUUUUUCUCAAGGCUCUGUCACUCUUCCCUGAAACAGGUGAUAUUUCUCAAUGACUUCUCUGAAGUAUCUCAUUUUUGUGUGUGUGUUUUUUGGGUUGCCUGCAAAAUGACGGCUAUGUAAAUCGAAUAGUGUCCAUAUUUGACAAAAGGUAAUUUUUUGUAACCAUGCAUUGUAGGUGAAGUUGUGUAAUAUUUAAUAAAGGCAAUACCAGAUUGAAAACGAGCAGGACCUCAAACAA